AUGAGUCCGCCGCGUGACCUGACUCAGCUUCAUACGCAUCUCUUCGAAGAGGGGCUCCAAGUUCGUCGUGAAGUGGUGGGAGACGCCUACGUGGACAGAGCUUUGGCGAACGGGUCGAGUGAAUUUGCUCGCCCCGGUCAAGAGUUGAUCACCGAAUGGGCCUGGGGCAGUGUUUGGACUCGACCGGGUCUCGACAGAAAACAGCGAAGUCUUUUGAACUUGGGGAUGUUGAUUGCUCUUAAGGCAUGGCCUGAAUUAGCCAUUCACACGCGAGGUGCUAUCAAUAAUGGCUUGACCGAAAAGGAGAUCAGUGAAGCGGUGCUUCAGGCAACUGUUUACUGUGGUGCUCCAGCUGGUGUGCAAGCCACGAAAAUCACAGAGAGGGCAAUCCAAGAGAUGAUCGAAGAUGGAGAGUAUAAAACAACCUCUAAAUAG